AUGAAUAUAUAGUAGUAUUAAAAGCAGGUGAAAAUGAAGCAAAACAAGCUCACACUCUUUCGCGCAUACACGAGCCGUCAUUUAUAAACCCCAAACACACACACACUCACUGCGUGCCGCAUUUCCCCCUUUCUCUCCGCAGCCGUCGACCGCCGUGCCGAGGAGUAAGAGAUAGUGGCGCGUGGAUUGUUUUCGUAUUGUUGAUCGCUGACUUAGGGUUUUUGAAAUUAAUUUUUAGACCAUUUUUUUUUUUAAUUUUAUUUUUUGGGGAUUUUUUUUGGGGGAUUUGAUGGCGUCGGAGGAUGUGAAGACGAGUGAAUCGGCGGUGUCGAAGAUUGUGAAUUUCGCGGAGGAGGCGAAGCUUGCGAAGGAAGAAAUCAAACCUACUAAACAUCAAGUUUACAGUAUUUGCAAAUCUCUGGUCGCCGGUGGUGUUGCUGGAGGAGUGUCACGAACUGCCGUAGCUCCUCUGGAGCGUCUAAAAAUUUUGCUUCAGGUUCAAAAUCCUCACAAUAUAAAAUAUAAUGGUACUGUUCAAGGCUUGAAGUACAUAUAUAGAACUGAGGGCUUAAGGGGGUUGUUCAAAGGCAACGGCACUAAUUGUGCUCGCAUUGUUCCAAAUUCAGCAGUAAAGUUCUUCAGCUACGAGCAAGCAUCCAAGGGUAUAUUAUACAUGUACCGGCAACAAACUGGCAAUGAGGAUGCUCAGCUGACUCCUCUACUACGUUUGGGGGCCGGAGCUUGUGCUGGAAUAAUUGCUAUGUCUGCUACAUACCCAAUGGAUAUGGUUCGAGGCAGACUUACUGUACAGACGGAUAAGUCUCCGUAUCAGUACAGAGGAAUGUUUCAUGCCUUAUCAACUGUGCUCCGCGAAGAGGGCUUUCGUGCACUAUACAAAGGCUGGCUUCCUUCUGUUAUUGGAGUCGUUCCUUAUGUAGGUCUCAACUUUGCUGUGUAUGAAUCUCUCAAGGAUUAUUUAAUCAAAUCUAAACCCUAUGGGAUUGUUGAAGAUAAUGAAUUGGGUGUUGUAACAAGGCUCGGAUGUGGUGCUGCAGCGGGAACAGUUGGGCAAACUAUCGCCUACCCUCUUGAUGUAAUUCGUAGAAGAAUGCAGAUGGUUGGUUGGAAUAAUGCUUCUUCAAUUAUCACUGGCGAUGGAAGAAGCAAAGCCCCCCUUGAAUAUACUGGCAUGGUCGAUGCUUUCAGGAAAACUGUCAGGCAUGAGGGCUUCAGAGCAUUGUACAAGGGCAUAGUCCCCAAUUCGGUCAAGGUUGUGCCAUCAAUAGCUAUUGCUUUUGUGACGUACGAACAAGUGAAGGAAUUGCUCGGGGUAGAGAUUAGAAUAUCUGACUGAAAGCAUGUGCACCGAGAGCUGUGACGUGUGCUCGUUGUGUGUAUUUUUUGUCUGAGGAGAGGAAGAACAAAUUAAUGUUAAAAACACUCUUGUGCAUAGAGUUGGAGACUCUGUUCUAACCUGUGUUCAUACAUAUGUUUCUUCACCUAUUUAUAUGUUUCGUUAUGGGUUCGUUCACCGUUAGCUGCUCCAGUAGAAAUGCUGUCUUAAUAAAGUAGUAGCAAAGAAUGAUGCAAUAAUAGCUUUUCGAUAUUUUUUCUUUUUAAUUUUUAAAUCCAGGUUUGCUUGUUAAGUUAACUAGCUUUCGUAUGGCUUUUUAUUGUCAGCGGACAAAACCUCCCCGGUUUUUGGAUGAAUCUUUUUCUAUGCCAUAUUUGGAAACAAUUGUGCUUA